UACAUUUAUAAGUGCCAUAAAAAUAAAAAAUAAAAAUUUCGCAUGUCAUUUCUUUAAACAUGACUCAUUAAAUGAUAAUCAUAUACAAACAGAGCGAAUAAUAACAAUGCACCCAAUAUUAUGUUACAAUAAUUAAAAAUGAAUAAACUUAAACGCAAGAAUCGUUUGCCGGAGCAAAAUUCCGCCAUGUCUGAUAAAACUAAAGAUAUUAUACAAAAGGUUUGCUACAGACGGACAGCGUCUGUUGAUAUGUUAAAGUAUGGAUUCACCAUAGAAUGUAAGACGAGGCCUGUCAAUUUGCUUAUAAAACCUCUCAGGGAGCAACUGGUAAAGAUUUGUGAAGUUAUCGACCCAGAGGAAUUGAUUGACGAAAUGAGGCUCUGGCUCUGGGACUAUAAUGUGUAUAACGGCCUCGGUGAUUCCUCGCACGCAAAACCGAGCAUAUCUGUUCCACGAAGGCAGUCGCCGUCAAAGAGAAGUCAAAAAGAUUUAUAUACCCAAGUUCGAGCACAAGGGACACCAACUAAAAAUAAUGUCGAUUCAAUAUCCAACCGCAUUACACGUAAAAAUUUUUUAAAGAAGACAAGAUAACUUAUAAAUGUUUUACAAAAUUAGUGGUCGAAUUUCGACCACAAUACAGUAUACUUUCGGCUACGUAUGGGAUUCGUCAUAGCGCCUAUUGGUUUUUGCGAGCAAUGUAUUUCUGUACAAUGUAUGAAUUGUACAAGAUUGUAUUUGCCUAUUAAGUUGAGUAGGCGUUAUGAGCGUACCUUUAAUAAUGUAAAUUACUUAGUUUUCCUUCUAAAUAUACGA